ACUUCCUUUUUUAUGAUUUUCCGUCAACACUGAGUCAUAUGAACCACAUAGACCACUGCCUAACGUGGCGUGGUGUAUUUCUCUGGCAAAGACAGCGUUUCUCAACCAUUAGUUUAAUCCGUAGCUUUACUAAGCCAUGGAUUAGCUUAUGAACGAUUAAAGUUUAUAAUCUUAAUUGUAAUAAAAUCUGAAUUUAGUGUUCUAAAGAUGAAAUUGUCUGUGUUUUAGUGAAGUUAGAAGAAAAAUCUUCCGUAUUCCUUUCCCUCCGCGUAGCCUCAUAACGAAUGUUGAUUCAAAACAGAACCUUCGGUGGUAGUGGUAGUGUGUUUUCUUUCCCACUUGUCAAGCCGUGUAGCACCACCACCACUUCAUUACGACUAAACUCACCACGGAGAAGGUGGAACAAAGCGAACGGCCAUGGUUGUGUGUGGCAACGUUGCAACAUAACUUAACAACCCUAAUCCCUUGCCUUCCCACCCUCACUGGUCCGACAGGGCGCGUUCGGGUGUUUCUGUUGGCCGCUUUUCAACCCCCUUCACACUGUUCGCUUUACAGACGCACGCACACACGUACGGUCAUUACGUGCGGGGUACGGGCGCGGACAGGUUUUACUCGCCAAGCAGUCAGCCAGCCAGCCAGUUUCAUCUCACAACGACGCGCGUAUUCGUCUCACGUUUUGGACAACGACGACGACGACGACGACGGCCAAGACGGCAACUUCUUCUCAUUCUCACGCGCAGUGUGGCGAAGUAAUGCAACAAAAUUCGGAGCUUCUAUCUGGGCGUGCCAAGACCACCACAACAACAGUUGAUUUAGCUACGAUGAAGCGUCGUUCGCUGUCGGGCAACUGUGGCGUUGGCGUGUUCGUGAUCGCGCUGGUGACGGUGCUGGUUGCGUUUGCCACGCCGAGCUGGCUGGUAAGCGACUAUCGCAUUACCGGCGCCAAGCUGGACCGGUUGGGCCUGUGGACGCACUGCUUCCGGUCGCUGCCAGACGUGAACGAUGACUACCAGCGUCGCUUUUUCGUCGGCUGCCGUUGGGUGUACGAUCCGUUCACGACCGGAUACGACGAGAUACGCGGCUUUCUUAUUCCACCGUUCAUGGUGGCCACCCAAUUCUUCUACACGCUCUGCGCCAUCGGUGUAAUAUUGGCGAUGGUUUUGGUGCUCCUGUACUUCCUGUGUGCCGGACCGGACCAAAAGUUCUUUGUCAAGCUUAUCAAGGCAAUCAGCUUCAUUACACUGGCGGCAUCGAUCUGCGGCAGCAUCGGGGUGAUCGUGUUCGCCUGCUUCGGCAACAAGGACAAGUGGAUGCCGGAACAUGCGAACAAUUGGUUCGGCUGGUCAUUCAUCCUGGCGUGCAUCGGUGUGGUGGCGUGUGCCGUCGCAUCCUCACUGUUCUUCACCGAGGCACACGUGCAGGCACGCAAGCGGCGACAGCUGAAGGAAUCACAGACCCAGUUCCAGAUGGACAGUGAAUCGAAAGCAUAAGUCGCCUUACACCCCACACACACACACGCAAACACGCACUAACCGCGUGUCCCCAUCUCGCUAUGACCGCAGCAAAACGUUCGACCAGCGCACAACACAUUGUAUGACGCACAAACUAUGCGUACCAAUCAUAAUCCCAUAAUCCCAUCGAUCGAGUUCGACUUCAUCAUCGCAAAGUACAACAGUUAACAACGGGGAAGCUCUGAAUCGUGCCGAACUGCGGCCAGAGUCGUGACGAAGGGGCGAAUGGCGUUUCAGUAGGUCCGCAGUGAGCGAAAAGGAGCAGCUAUAGGGAAAAGCGGCGUACCUAGUUUAUAGGAAAGAUUAGUCUGUUGUGCAAGGCAAUCUCAAUCAGCGUACCGUCCAAGCUGAAGCUAUUCAAGUGUCUUCUACUGUUUUUAAAAAGCUAUAUUUUUGUAGUGUAUGUCUUAAUUUUACGUUUCCACGGAACAGCAUCCGUCCAUUUUUAGUAUUACUUGCACUUCCGUUUUAGCGGUUCGACUAUUUCCAUGCUCGAAAGAUGUUGCCAAUACGAAACAGAAUAUGAUUAUGUAAUGUAUAAACGUACUAAUCUACAACCGAAAGGCGUGUGCUUUAAUUGCCUUCAGGUUUGUAGCGGAAUUGCAUUUGAAAGAUUUUACUGUACCCCAUAUUCGUAGAUAAAAAAGAACCGCACCACCAUAAGCAAUGCAGCAGCAGAAGUUGCUUGUAAAAGUUGCCUUAAAUAAGAUAAACAAGCAAAUCUUUUGAUUGAAAGCAAACACACCACAUUCCUACGUUCACACGUACAGGAAAAGAAAUUCAAGAGCUUAACAAUGAUCCUAACAUUCCAUUGCGAAACUUUGGAAUCUCGAUAAACGAAUACAAAUUUUGUAGAAUAACAACGAAUCACUCCAAAACGACGAGAAUAUUGGGUACGAUGAGAAGAAUGAGCAAUAUACAAAGCUUGGUAAAUGUUUUUACAAUCAAAUAUGAUCGGUAGCGUGCGAAAAAGUAGCAAAAAAUGUAAUGUGUUCAAGGUAGAGAGAAAGGUUUUUAAGUAACAAUCAAAUUUACUGCGAAUAAAAUAAUUCAAGACGGAAUAAUAAAAUUUAUAAGAAAUACCAAA